CACGACGGCGCGGUACGCCGCGAAGAUCCUGCAUCCGGCACUUCCCGCCAUCGCGCAGCUCGAGACAAACUGGGCGCGGUUGCAGCGACUGGAGCAUCCCAAUCUAGUCCGGUACUUCCAUGCGGAAAUGUGCACCAACAUCGGAAGGGUCGUGGUCAUUAUGGAGUACUGCUCGCUUGGGAAUCUGGAGCAGUGUUUGACCCGCCUCCGCCGGAACCCCGCCCACCCGGCCCCGCCCCGAAGGCCCUCCGCGGCUGCACCCGCGACAUCCUCCUCGGUCUGCAUCACCUCCACACGCAGCGCAUCGUCCACACCGAUUUGAAACCGAGCAACAUCCUCCUGGCCCCCUCCGAGGGCGGUGGCGUGGUGCUCAAGUUGGCGGACAUGGACGACCACGUCGGGAUCCUGUCCAGCGUCACCGGCUCGGAGAUCCGCACCACGCGGGGAACUGUCCGCUACAUGGCGCCGGAGAUGUUCCGCUUGGCUGCGCAGUGGGAUGUGGAGGAGCGGAUCGGCCGGAAGUUGGACGUGUGGAGUGCCGGCGUGGUGGUGGUGGAGAUGGCGCGCGGGGUGCGGCCGCUACGGCUGAUCAAGAUGGACAAGGGGCGGCCGGUGGAGACCGACUGGUUGGAGGUGACGGCUGACACACGUGCCUAUGCAAUCAUGGAUUUCAUGCUCAACCACGGCGUCCCGGUGGUGCUCGACGGGGUACUGCGAGGGUUCGCCGGAUUGCCCCGGUGUUUCCGCGAGAUCGGAGCGGACCGGCCGACGGCGGAAGAAUUGCUGCGGGAUCCCUGGCUGGCGGAUGAGAGCGACGGCGACACUGGCCAGUGGUGGCUUGGCGAUGAGGAGCUUUAAUUAUAUUGUAAGCACGAUAAAACUUUGUAAAUGGAACCUGUUUUACGUUUGCCGUUCGUACAGAAAAAGUCGUACGUAAUUUAGAGAUGUAUGGACCCAGAGGCAAUUUUUCUAGGUGUUCAGUAAUUUCGGUACGCGUUUUGGUGUACUUAUUUCAGAGGGUGUACGAACUUAAGGGUGUACGUAACACCGAGGUUUUACUGUACGAUCACUUUUUUUAACAAGAGCUGUGUGUAUCCUUGCACGAAUAAAAGAGCCGGAACAAUUUAAAAUUACAUAGCAUCCGCUAGUGAUUUGCCCACAAUUAAGGGAAAUGGUCCGGUACAUGGUGCU